UGGAUGGUAGUGUCUGGACCAAUGAAGGUCUGGACAUACUCUUUGGUUUCUGGUGUCAAUAAUUCAAACCAAAAUGGGUUUGGGUAGUAAUAUAAUUAAUUUUAAGACAUACAAAAUACUUAAAAUGCCAGCAUUUACUACUAGAUUUCUCUCAAAAAUAGCAGAGUCUAACCAGGACUCACUAAAUUACUGUGCAAAUUUAGUAAGGCAGCACGAUUAUGAAAAUUUUUUGGCCACACUGCUCCUGACAAAGGCUGUAAGAUCUCCGACGCUUGUAGUCAGAGCCUUCAAUGUAGAAGUAGCUCGUAUACAAGAUCAAACCACCGAUUCUCAGACAGCAGCUUUCAGAUUGCAGUUCUGGAAUGAUACACUUAAACUACUCUAUAAAAAUGAUCAAACUUUAAAAAAUAUUCCAGCAAACCCCAUAGCACAAGAGCUGUUUAAGGUGUGUAACUCUUGCAAACUCCCAAAAAGAUAUUUAGAAAGAUUAAUUACAGCGAGAGGAAACAUAUUGAAAUCAAAACACUUUCAAAGCUUGGAAGAUUUAGAGAAAUAUGCCGAAGAUUCAGUUAGUUCCAUCUACUACCUCAUUCUUAGUAUUUCUGACGUUACCAAUGUACAUGCUGACCAUGCCGCUUCACAUUUGGGAAAGGCACAAGGAAUUGUAAACAUACUAAGAUCAGUACAUGUUGCUAGUUAUCAUAAAACGGUAACCUUACCGAUGAAUACGUUAAUGAAAUAUGGGAUCAGCCAAGAAAACGUUUUGAGAGGUAUCGACAAUGAGAAUAUGAGAAAUGUUGCAUUUGAAAUAGCCACCAGAGCUAACAGUCAUUUAGAAAAGGUUUUUUUUGGCUUUGUAAACAAGACUCCAGAUAGGUGGACUGGACUGCUGAAUAGUUCUAUGGGUCCAACAUUGUAUCUCUACUAUCCGCAACUAAAAUUCCAUCUGCAAAGUUGUACAUAAUUGGCCUAAUUGCAACAAAUGCACAAUAUACAUAAGUAGCCAAACCGUUAUACGCCAUUUGCUCCUUUAAUUGUUAUCCGUUUUUUUUUCUUUCUAGCAGCUAAUGACGAGCUUUAUUUAAAAAUUAAGAAAGUAUUAUAGUUUUUUUUUUUGUAACAAAAUAUCAACCAAUAUAACAACAUAAAGGAGAAAGCGUAAUACAAUUAACCUAAAGUAUUAAGAGAAAACUCCAUAAUCCAAUAAUGAAAAUAUGGGCGGUCCAUGCUGGCGAAAUUUUUGCUACGUCUAGCUCUAAUUGUUUAGUAAAUGACGACUACAUUACCUUUACAUACCUUUUAUGAAUAAAAAAAUAUAUAUCUGUUGAUUUACAGGCUCAGGCAAUUGAUGUACCAAAAAAAACAAAGCAAAUAUUUUUACCUGCAGUAGCAGUAAACGCGUACUUGAAAAAACUACAAAAAUGUAAUUUUAACUUAUAUGACAAAUCUUUACAAUUGGGUAACUCUACUCUGCCACUAAAUCUAUAUUACAAUAGAUUAAUGAAUAAAUAUUAAGUAGGUACAUACCUAGACCAAAUUUUGUCAGCAAUAGUUAAUACAAUACCUCAUUAUAUUAUUUAUUAUAAUGGUCAUUUGUUAGAAUACUUAUUAAGUUAAAUAAAAAUGUUAUUAAUA